AUGGGUACUCCCGCUGACGAAGGUUGCAAAAGUCUUUAUGUUGGUAACCUCGAUCCAAGGGUGACUGAUAGCAUGCUCCACGAGAUCUUUGGCGUAGCAGGAUCUGUAAACAAUACGAAAAUUAUUCCUGAUAAAAAUUACCAACACGGUGGGUUAAACUAUGGCUUUGUUGAAUUCAACGAUCACCGUUCCGCCGAACAAGCUCUUCAAACUCUUAAUGGUCGAAAGAUAUACAACAUGGAGAUUAAGGUGAAUUGGGCCUUUCAGGGGCAACAAGGACACAAAGAAGACACCUCAAAUCAUUAUCAUAUUUUUGUUGGGGAUUUGAGUCCUGAAGUUAACGAUGAAGUGCUUGCCAAGGCCUUCAGCGCAUUUGGUAGCAUGUCGGAUGCUCGCGUGAUGUGGGAUGUUAAUUCUGGAAAAUCUCGAGGGUAUGGGUUUGUUGCAUUCCGUGACAAAACGGACGCGGAACAAGCUAUCGCAACAAUGAAUGGCGAAUGGCUUGGGAGUCGUGCUAUCCGGUGCAAUUGGGCCAAUCAAAAAGGCCAACCGGGUCCUGGAAGUACGUCAUCAGAACGACAAGGAAAUCCCACACAAGCGCCUCAGCUAUCUUAUGACAUCGUGGUUGCGCAAACCCCGCAAUAUAAUUGUACCGUAUAUGUCGGAAAUUUACCACCCUAUACCACACAGGAACACUUGAUACCAUAUUUUCAACCUUUCGGAUUUAUCAUUGAGGUCCGCAUGCAAGCUGACAGGGGCUUUGCUUUCGUGAAACUAGACUCGCAUGAAAAUGCUGCACAUGCAAUUGUAAACCUUCAAAAUACAAACAUCAACGGUCGAGUUAUCAAGUGUUCUUGGGGAAAAGAUCGGGCCCCUGAGGCAGCCACGACCACCUAUCAUCCUUACGGCGUGCAAAAUACCGCCUAUAAUUACAGUCCUUACGGGUAUUACGGCAACCACACUGGUCAUCAUUAUGCCAGCACUGAAAGUGGCUAUGAUCUCCCACCCGGAAUGUCUGCACCACCACCAUCUCUGACAUCUCUUGAUAGUGCUACUGCCGCUGCUGUGGCCGCUGGUCAACAACCACACGCCACGGCUGGCUGGGAACAAUAUUAUAACAAUGGAUACGAGGCCUACGGACAACAAUAUUAUCCGUAUGGCUACGGUCAGGCUGUUGCGCCAGGUGCUCCAGGAAUGGGUGCUCCUGCGUCCCCCCACGCCGUUGCCGGUGGCCAUCCCCCUUCGGUUGGCGGUCAUGGUCCCUCAGGCGGAAGCGCCUACUCCGGUUGA